AAAAUAAGGGUUUUGCAUACAUUUGAACUCCAGUGUUUCAGUGAAUAAGUGCACGUAAUUAUUCCGACAUGACGACUACAUUCACAAUUAACGGUCAGCCCUACACAGCGAAUCUGACCAAUUUGCCGCCAGACAUAACGCUGAACACCUUCAUCAGGGAGCAUGCGCAGCUGACAGCCACGAAGUUCAUGUGCCAGGAGGGCGGCUGCGGCGUCUGCAUUUGUGUGCUGCGCGACGGUCAACGCAGCUGGGCCGUCAACUCGUGCCUGACGCUGUUGAAUAGCUGCUCGCAGCUGGAGAUCGUGACGUCCGAGGGACUGGGGAACAAGAGCAGCGGCUAUCAUCCGAUCCAGAAGCGUCUGGCGCAGUUGAAUGGCAGCCAGUGCGGCUACUGCUCGCCGGGAAUGGUGAUGAAUAUGCACGGAUUGUUGGAGUCGCGCGGUGGUCAAGUCACCAUGGCUGAGGUGGAGAAUGCAUUUGGUGGCAACAUUUGCCGCUGCACCGGCUAUCGACCCAUCCUGGACGCCAUGAAGUCCUUUGCCGCGGACAGCAAUAUUCAAUUGCCAGCAGAGUGUGUAGCGGACAUUGAGGACUUGAACAUGAGGACCAGGAAACAGUGCCCCAAAACAGGCAAACGCUGUGCCGGCAAUUGCGUAAGGUCCAACCUCAUCUACGACGAUGGCAGCCAAUGGCAUUGGCCAAAGACUUUAGUCGAACUGUUCGAGGCACUGGAGAAGGUGGGCGAGCAGGAGGAGUUUAUGCUUGUUGCCGGUAAUACGGCGCAUGGCGUCUAUCGACGUUCCCCGGACACUCCUCGGCACUUUAUCGAUGUGCGCGGCGUCGGCGAGCUGCAGGAGCACAGCAGCGAUGCCCAGCAGCUCAAGCUGGGCGCCAAUCUCAGUCUCAGUCAGGCCAUGGAUAUCGUUAAGGACACCUCGCAACAGGCUGGCUUUGAGUAUCUGCAGCAGCUGUGGCAGCAUUUAGAUCUCAUUGCCAAUGUGCCAGUUCGUAAUUCUGGCACCCUGGCUGGCAAUAUCGCGAUUAAGAAACAGCAUCCCGAAUUCCCAUCGGAUGUCCACAUCAGCUUCGAGGCACUUAAUGUCCAUGUCCUGGCGUCUAUAAAUGCCAAGGAGCAGCAGCAAAUGCCACUGGCCGACUAUUUGAGCUCCAAGGAUAGAAAACUGGUGCUGAAGGCAUUCCUGUUGCCUGCCUAUCCCAAGGAAAAAUACAUUUACGAAUCGUAUAAGAUCAUGCCACGUGCCCAGAAUGCACAUGCCUAUGUGAAUGCCGCAUUUCUGCUGGAACUUGGAGCGGAGUCGCAGGUGAAAAGUGCUCGCAUUUGCUUUGGCGGCAUUCGGCCGGACUUUGUGCAUGCGACGGCCAUUGAGGAGCUGCUGCUUGGACGCAAUCCCUUCGACAAUGCCUGGUUGGAGCAGGCGUUCGCCAAGCUAUCGACGCUGCUGCAGCCGGAUGAGGUGCUCCCGGAUGCCUCGGCCGCAUAUCGUGUGAGCUUGGCUGGUGGACUGCUCUAUAAGUUUCUAUUGAAGCACGCGCCCGCCGCAUCAGUGAAUGAUGCCUUUAGGAGCGGUGGCAAGCUGCUAGAGCGAGCGCUGUCCUCGGGCACACAGGUGUACCAGACAAAGAAGGAAAACUAUCCGGUGACGCAAGCGGUGCAGAAAGUGGAGAGCAUGAUUCAAUGUUCCGGCGAAGCCACCUACAUGAACGAUGUGCUGACCACAACCAACACGCUGCACUGCGCCUUUGUGGGCGCCACCAAAGUGGGUGCAAGCAUUGAGCAAAUUGAUACGACUGAGGCACUGCGCCAACCCGGCGUAAUAGCCUUCUACAGUGCCAAGGAUGUGCCCGGCUCAAAUACGUUCACUGACCCGACAUUUGGCUACGAACCCGAGGAGAUCUUCUGUGCAACACGCGUGCGUUACUACGAACAGCCCGUGGGCCUGGUGGUCGCUCUGAGUGCGGAGCGGGCUCAGCGUGCUGCUAAGCUGGUCAAGAUCACCUACAGUCAGUCGCAGUUAUUGCGUCCCGUGCUACCCAGCUUAAGCGAUGUGCUGGACAUGUCGCCGCUGGAUUCGUCGCUCAUCAUCCAAAUGGCCAAGCCGAAGCCGGGCAAGUUUCAGUGCAGCGCCGAGCCGGAUGUGAGUGUGCGAGGUGUCUUCCAGAUGGGACUGCAAUAUCACUUCAGCAUGGAGCCACAGACUACAGUCGCCAUGCCGUUUGAGGAUGGCCUCAAGAUCUACUCGGCCACCCAGUGGAUGGAUCACACACAAUCGGUGAUUGCCCACAUGCUUCAGCUGAAAGCGAAGGACGUCCAACUCCAGGUGCGGCGCUUGGGUGGCGGCUAUGGCAGCAAAAUAACACGUGGCAAUCAAGUUGCCUGCGCUGCCUCCUUGGCUGCCCACAAAUUGAAUCGUCCGGUGAGGUUCAUUCAAUCCUUGGAAUCGAUGAUGGAUGCAAAUGGGAAGCGCUGGGCCUGUCGUUCCGAUUAUCAAUUCCAUGCGCUUAAUUCUGGUAAGAUUGUUGGAUUGCAGAAUGAUUUCUACGAGGAUGCUGGCUGGAAUACCAACGAGAAUCCCGUCACCGGACACUCCAAAUUUACGGCCGCAAACUGUUAUGACUUCAACGUUGCCAACCAUAAGAUCACUGGCAAUGCUGUCCUUACCGAUGCACCCAGUUCGACAUGGUGCCGUGCACCUGGCGCCGUUGAGGGCAUUGCCAUGAUUGAGAAUAUUGUGGAGCAUGUGGCGUUUGUGGUUGAACGAGAUUCAGCCGAGGUGCGUCUUCUAAACAUAGCCAAGGAUAACAAAAUGACAGAGCUACUGCCACAAUUUUUAAAGUCGCGUGAAUAUCAUGCUCGCCGCCAGGAGAUCGAGGCCCAUAAUGCUAACAAUCGCUGGACCAAACGAGGACUGGGUUUGUCCAUCACGGAGUAUCCCAUAAUUUACGUUGGACAAUAUGCGGCAACGGUAACCAUUUAUCAUGUCGAUGGCACCGUCGUUGUCACGCAUGGAGGCAUCGAAAUGGGUCAAGGAAUGAACACAAAGGUGGCCCAGGUGGCCGCCUUCACGUUGGGCAUCGAGUUGAGCUAUAUUAAAAUUGAGUCGUCGGACACCAUAAAUGGCGCCAAUUCGAUGGUCACCGGUGGCGCCGUGAGCAGCGAAAGUCUCUGCUUUGCGGUGCGUAAGGCAUGCGAGACGCUCAACAAGCGCCUGCAGCCGAUGAAAAAGAAGGGUGUCGGCUGGGAGGAAACGGUCCAAGCGGCAUUUGCGGCAUCGAUCAAUCUGAUUGCAUCGGACCAUUACAAGGAAGGCGACAUGCAGAACUAUCAUGUGUAUGGCAUGGCGUUGACAGAGAUCGAGCUGGACGUGCUGACCGGCAGCAAUCAAAUCCGGCGUGUCGAUCUACUGGAGGAUGCUGGCGAGAGUCUCAGUCCCUACAUCGACAUUGGUCAGAUCGAGGGCGCAUUUGUCAUGUGUCUGGGCUACUGGCUGAGCGAGCUGUUGAUCUACGAGCGACAGACGGGUCGCUUGCUCACGAAUCGCACGUGGAACUACAAACCGCCAGGCGCAAAGGAUAUACCCAUUGAUUUUCGCGUCGAAAUGGUGCAGAAUCCACAGGCGAGCAGUGCUGGAUUUAUGAGCUCCAAGGCCACCGGCGAGCCGCCCUGUUGUCUGGCCGUCAGCGUAAUCUUUGCUCUGCAACAGGCAUUGCAAUCGGCCAGGAAGGAUGCCGGCUUGCCUCGCGAGUGGGUCCGUCUGGGUGCACCCACAACGCCCGAAAUAUUGCUACUGAAUGCCGGCCACGAUAUUAAAUCAUUUCGACUUAAAUGAGGAGCAAUAAUGCAAUUGAAACUGUUUAAAAAACAUGUUUAUAUCUACGUAUGUACACACUUAUAUAUUGGACCUAGAUAUUAGUUAAUUGAUGUUAACUUCAAUGAAUAAAUAUUAACUUUGACAUCCA